AUGGAUGUUUUCUUGCAAAAUACGACAAACCUUCCCCAGAUUUUGCACCAUGAAAUGUUCAAAGUUUCCAAAGACCUAUUUCAACAACCCAAAGAGACAAAAGUGAAAAAUACUGGUACAAUUCUUGGAUUUGGAUACGGUACUAACUUUCCUACUAUGCCACUUGUGGAGUACAUUAGUAUUGAGAACGCUGCCACUGUUGACGCAACCAAUGAAUUCACAAACCUCAUGUUCCCAUCUGGAAAUGAUGAUUUCUGUGACACUGCAUACACAUACUCCAAGUUGCUGUCCGAAUUGGAUGCAACAGUAACGAGGUUAGCUUUCAGCAGCUAUGGCGUCGACGAAUCUUGUUACGAUCUGAUCAAUUCGUCAUUUUACUGUGUAAGAUUUCUGAAAUAUAGAACACCAGAUCCCGAAGAGCUCAACGUUGGUCUUCAUCCUCACGUGGACAAGGAUUUCCUGGGCGUUGUUGAUACUAAUCACGUCAGUGGUCUUGAAUUACAAAUGAGAAAUGGUGAAUGGAUAUCUUAUUACCCUUCACCUACGUUUUCUUCAAUCUUUAUAGUCAUUGCAGGAGAGCCAUUCCAGGCAUGGAGCAAUGGAAGAAUAUUUGCCCCUCUGCAUAAGGUAUUGAUGAAGGGAACUGAAGAGAAGUUCAGCAUUGCACAGUUCUCGUUUAUGAGUGACAAGAUUAGAGUUCCAAAAGAGCUGAUUGAUGAGCAGAAUCAUAUCCUUGAGUCUAGCAUUUCUCCCAAUAUUUUAUUUGGAGUAGUAAGGCUUUUUUUUGUUGGACUGACCUUCGUCAAAAGAUGCUUUCUUUAA